GUAUUAUUUGUUGGAUUUUAGCUCAAUAAUUAUUAAACACUUGUUUCAAUUCAUGAAAGCUCUGAUAAGUGAUCGACCUAUUGUGAAAAGCAUAAAAAAUGAUAUUAAAUUCCGUAUGAUGGCAGCAGCUGUUUAAGCUAUCGUCGUGUAUGUGAGCAUGUAACACAGUCAAACAUAGUUUAGGCAAUUUCAUGGGCAAUUUAACAAUUUUUUAAAUAUGUGUGGCGUUGUUUUGCAAUGGAGGCAGAUGGAGAGUAGAGAUGAGAGUUGAGAUACUUGUUAUGUAUUGAAGUUGUUUUGAGUUGUGUAUGCUUAAGAAAGAAUAAUUUGUUGAUUUCAUGAGAAGUAUUGUUUGUAUAAUAUAAAUUGUGUAGAGGUACCAACAUUUAGCGAUGCUGUUCAACUGUGUUUGUGUAGAAUAUGAAGUUUAUUAUGUGACGUAGAACGUUGAUAAACAGUGAUCAGUGAAUUAGUUGCAAACAAACGGUGAGAGAUUAAUUUCUCUGAAUCAGGACUCAAAAUGCAACAAGAGGGAACGCCAAGAUUCUUGAAAUUUCACCAAGGAAGCGUCAGGGGUGUUGCUUUUAGUCCACGGGACAGGUAUUUGUUUUGUUCAGGAGGGUACGAUGGCAAGGUUAAUCUUUAUUCUGCACUGCGCAUGGAGUGGCUACUGGACUACCAGAUUGAAUUGAUGCCGCAGAUGAACAAUGUCAACGCAGUUCGUUUUACUUCGGAUGGCUCCAGGAUCGUGGCUGCUACAAAUGCACGAAGGUUAGUAGUGAUUGACGUUGAAACAGGAGAUCGACUGUUGGCCUACGAUAACUGCGCUUUCAGUGGUAGAGACAGAACAGGCCUAGCCACUGAUCCUUCUGGACCAAAUUUGGCAAUAUCAGUUGCUGUUAAUGGUAAAGGCCUUACUCUGGUGGACUUGCGGAUGCCAUUACCUCUUGAUUAUGUAAAUGAUCUGCAUGGUUCGAUUAUAAGAGACAUAUGUUUUGUACCUUCGUCAUGGCCUUGGCAGAAUUCAAUUUUAACCGGAAGUUCUGAUGGUACCUGUAAAGUGUCCUCUCCUGAUGGACGUGUGCUACAUGCAUUCCAAACUGGACACGCAGUAAACACUGUAUGCAUCACUCCAGAACCCUUUACUCGUAACGCUGCAGAUGGAUUUUGCAGCUUGAUAAUGAGUGGUGGGGAUCUUGUCUCGUCAUAUGUACCAGACUCUGGUGUACAAGAAUUUCUUAAGGAACACAAAGAUUCUCCUAUUUGGAAACUGAGAUAUACUUCAAAUGGCAGCACGUUGUAUUCUGUAUGCGAUGGAGGUAUUUUAAGAAGGUACAGAAGGUAUCCUGAUCACCACGAAUAUCUUGGUGAAGUUUAUCGACAUAGGGGAGAUAUUCAGGACUUGGAUGUAUCACCGUAUGACGAAUACAUUAUUACCGCUUCUAAGGAUCGCAGUGUUGGAGUGCUUCUUCUGGGUUCACCAAAUCACGGUUUCACUGAGUACAUAGAUUUGACAUGAUACUAUAAUUAUCGGAUUCCGUCCCAAAAUUUGUUUUACAAUGGGUAGUACGCAUUAAGCGUAUUAAUACUGCAUGUUAUGUAAUUAAUUAGAUUAACUGAUCGGUAUAGAGUGGCUGCACCGAUGAUAGCAACUCGUGUUAAUUUUACGAAUUGAAUAAUUGUUAAAAUCUCUUAUAAUGCCUUACACACGACUUCUUGAGUGUAUGGCGUAUUUAUAUUUUGUACAAAGUAAAAGAAUUUUUACUAUAUAACAUUACUUGAUUGUUCUCGGGAUUUGUGGAUGUGUUAGGUAACAUCAUACUUCGACCUUACAUGAUAAUGAUAAUUAAUCUCUAUUUGAUUUCUAAAUAUAACUUUCUAAAAUUCUAGCUUUACACAAACAAAACUUCAGAAAAUCUGAUACAACAUUUCUAUUGAUUUCGUUUGGGGAUUGAUUUUUCAUUAUUCUGAAUAUUAUUUAUAUUUAUUUUAAACUGUCAAGAAUGUUUUUUUUACUUGUUCUCAACGAUGAAAAUAUUUCAUUCUACAAAUAAUAAUACAAGUGUACUGUUCAGUAUUUAAGUUGAUAAAUAAUUUGUUGCAGUUUCAUUAAGUGUAUUUAAUGAAAACAUGUUGCACCAUUUAAAACGUGCUUAGUAAUUUGCAGUAUCUAGUUCAAUGUCGAAAACAAUUAUGACAAUCAAAGAAAAAAGUAAGUAAGUAAAUGAUAACUAUUUUCUUGGCGGACACUUUCUCUUGAAAUUAUUCUCCUAUGCAAAGAUAAGUAAAAACUAGAAAGUGCUUAAUGUUUUAUUUUGGGGCAAAAAGAAAUGCGCUAAAGCUGGUUCAGUUACUGUUUACUGCCAGAAUUCUAUUAUUUACCAUAUUUUUGUUCUUAAACAAUGUACAAUCACGGUAAUAAAUUCAUAAAGCAAAACAA